ACAGUUUCACCCCGUCAGUCGCGUUUGAGACGUACAUCUGACGAGUAUCAUGAGAAAAUUGCUUCUACUGUUCGCUAUUUGUGUAGGCGCUUACCGCUGCGUCUUGGCUCAAGAGGUUUCGAAAGCUUUCCUAGAGCACGAAAUCGUUUCGGACGUCAUCUCGGAAGCACCGACCGGUCUGGUGAAGGUAUCUUAUCCUUCCGGUAAGGAGGUGUCCCUGGGCAACGAACUUACCCCGACACAGGUUAAAGACAAACCGACCGUCAGCUGGGAUGCGGAACCGAACGCGUUUUACACGCUGAUCAUGACCGAUCCAGACGCACCUUCGAGGGCCAAUCCUAAGAUGCGCGAGUGGAAACACUGGAUCGUCACUAACAUUGCCGGCAGCGAUCUUACCACCGGGGAAACAUUAGCCGAUUACAUCAGCUCUGCACCACCAGAGGGUUCGGGCCUGCAUCGGUAUGUGUUUCUCCUCUACAAACAACCAGGACAGGUGCAGUUCGAUGAGCCGAAACAAAGCAAUCGUAAUCCCAAGCGUGGUAAAUUUCAAGCUGCCGAGUUUGCCCGGAAAUACAACCUGGGAUCGCCGGUAGCAGGCAACUUUUACCAGGCUCAGUACGAUGACUACGUUCCGCAGGUGUACGCCACUCUGACGGAAACUAAAUAACGCCGAUGCACGACAUCUGCCUGCUCAGCUCCCCAGCCUGGCCCGGAUUCGUGAGGAUACACUAGCACCCACUACACACCACAACACAGCAUAGCACGGCAUGACAAAUAUUCUUCUAAACAGUACCAUUCGCACCUGGUUUAGGCACCCGGACACUCCUGGCAGUUAAAAUUACCGAACACCAAUAAACAGCACAUAAAAAUCAUAACAAGACAUA